CUCUGCCUCUCAGUACACUGGAGCUGUGUGCAGAGACAUGGGCUCCGGCUCUUUCCCACAUCGCACAGCCGGGCGCUCCGGAACGUUUUGGCGUGCCGCGUCCCUCUGACACCUGCCCGCGGGAACCUACCAUGAUUGAGCGUCGCCGGCUGAGACCCCGAGAGCGCUUCGUACUCUGCGAGUUGGGAUCGGAUUUUCAUGACAGCGAAAGCUCAGCAACGCCGACCACACGUUCCCGUUCGCUGUAGGAUCUGCGAGCUCCAGGCAUCAGCUGCGCUGUAAAGGCGAGACGCGGGGAGCCGCGCACCAUGGCGACCCGGAUGGUGCUCCUCCUCCUCCUCGGGAUGUUGGUGGUCGUUCUCUCCGAGAGCAUCGAUGGCACUUUCCCCACCCUGUCCAAGCAGCGUCUGAAGGGGAGGUUCCAGAGGGACCGGCGGAACAUUCGCCCCAAUAUCAUCCUCGUCCUGACCGAUGACCAGGAUGUGGAGCUCGGUUCCAUGCAGGUGAUGAACCGGACCAGGCGGAUCAUGGCGCAGGGCGGGACGCACUUUGUCAACGCUUUCGUCACCACGCCCAUGUGCUGCCCGUCCCGCUCCUCCAUCCUGACCGGGAAAUACGUUCACAACCACAACACCUACACCAACAACGAGAACUGCUCCUCGCCGUCCUGGCAGGCCCAGCACGAACCUCACACCUUCUCCGUGUACCUCAACAACACCGGAUACCGCACAGCUUUCUUUGGCAAAUACCUGAAUGAGUACAACGGGUCGUACGUGCCGCCGGGCUGGAAGGAGUGGGUCGGCCUGGUGAAGAACUCUCGUUUUUACAACUACACGCUGUGCCGCAAUGGAGUCAAGGAGAAGCACGGGGCGGACUACAGCAAGGAUUACCUGACGGACCUCAUCACCAACAACAGCAUGAGUUUCUUCCGCACCUCAAAGAAGAUGUAUCCUCACCGGCCGGUGCUCAUGGUGCUGAGCCACCCGGCCCCCCAUGGCCCCGAAGAUGCCGCCCCCCAGUACUCCCAGAUGUUCUCCAACUCCUCCCAGCAUAUAACGCCGAGCUACAACUACGCCCCGAACCCCGACAAGCACUGGAUCAUGAGGUACACCGGCGCCAUGAUGCCCAUCCACAUGCAGUUCACCAACCUGCUGCAGAGGAGGCGGCUGCAGACCCUGAUGUCCGUGGAGGACUCCAUGGAGCAGAUCUACAACAUGCUGGUGGAGACGGGGGAACUGGAUAACACGUAUAUCAUCUACACGUCGGAUCACGGAUAUCACAUCGGACAGUUCGGAUUGGUGAAAGGGAAAUCCAUGCCAUAUGAAUUCGACAUCCGGGUUCCCUUUUAUAUCCGAGGGCCGAACGUGGAAGCCGGGUCACUCAAUCCGCACAUCGUGUUGAACAUUGACCUGGCCCCGACCAUCCUGGACAUCGCCGGGUUGGACAUUCCCCCAGAAAUGGAUGGAAAAUCCAUCCUGAAACUGCUGGACACGGAGAAGCCCGUGAACAGGUUUCAAGUGCAGAAAAAAGUGAAGGUGUGGAGAGAUUCGUUCCUGGUGGAGCGCGGUAAACUGCUACAUAAGAGAGAGGUGGAAAAUCCGGAUAUCCAAGAGGAGAACUUUCUACCCAAAUACCAGCGGGUCAAAGACUUGUGCCAACGAGCCGAAUACCAGACGGCCUGCGAGCAGCUGGGACAGAAAUGGCAGUGCGUUGAGGAUGCGUCAGGAAAGCUGCGAUUGCACAAGUGUAAAGGGAUGGCGAGUCUGUCGGCUGCCCCCAGCAGUGUCAAUAAAUCCCCCAACUUGAUGAGCAACUACUACACCAGCGACGAGUGCAACUGCGAGCCGAUCACCUAUAAGAUGACCCCGCUGGGCCGCCGCAAGAAACUUCUCACCAAGAAAAAGUACAAGGCCGGCUAUCUCCGGAACCGCUCGGCUCGCUCGGUGACCGUGGAAGUGGGCGGGGAGAUCUUCAACAUGGCGUUGGAGCAGGAGUACCAGCCGGUGACCAAGAGAAACUUCACCAAGCGUCAGAUGGCCGACCCCGAGGACGACGAGGAUUUCAGCGGGACGGGGAGUCUCACCAACGAGCUGGUGGUGGUGCCCAGCGCUCUGAAAGUGACACACCGGUGUCACAUCUUGGCCAACAACACGGUGCAGUGUGAUCUGGAUCUGUACAAGUCUCUGCAGGCCUGGAAGGAUCACAAACUCCACAUCGACCACGAGAUCGAGACGUUGCAGAAUAAAAUAAAGAACCUGCGAGAGGUCAGAGGUCACCUGAAAAAGAAGAGGCCGGAGGACUGUGACUGCAGCAAGAUCAGUUACAUCAAACAUAAGAACGGGAAGCUGAAGAGUACGGAUCCCAUGAUGCAUCCCUUCAAGAAAUCGCUGAAAUCUCAGGACAAGAUGUGGCUCCUGCGGGAACAGAGGCGCAAAAAGAAGCUGCGCAAACUUCUGAAGAGGCUGAAGAACAAUGACACUUGCAGUAUGCCGGGACUGACCUGCUUCACCCAUGACAACCAGCACUGGCAGACUGCCCCCUUCUGGACACUUGGGCCAUUCUGUGCUUGCACCAGUGCCAACAACAACACCUACUGGUGCCUGCGGACCAUCAACGAGACGCACAACUUCCUCUUCUGUGAAUUUGCCACCGGCUUCCUGGAGUAUUUUGAUCUCAACGUGGAUCCAUAUCAGUUGAUAAACGCGGUGAACACUCUGGGCAGAGACUUCCUCAAUCAGUUACACGUCCAGCUAAUGGAGCUGCGAAGCUGUAAGGGUUCCCGCCAGUGUAACCCGCGGACGCGCAGUCUGGAUCUCGGGCUGAAGGAUGAAAGUUUUGAACAGUACCGACAACUUCAGCGGCGGAAGUGGCCAAAAACGAAGCGACCGUCUUCUAAGUCCUUAGACCAACUAUGGGAAGGUUGGGAAGGUUAAAGGCUUCGCACAGGAAGAAGACAUCUCUAAACAACUUGAACCAUCGUUCACAUUUGAAGACAACCUUCGGGGGGGAAUGCUGGUAGACGAUUCUUCAGAGUGAUGGAUUGUGGGUAGAUAGUCUGCGCUGUGGGAAGACUUUUUAGAGACAGAUAAAAGCUACUUGUGACUAAUGACGUGAUGAUCAGAGGUGCACAAAUCCUCUCUAAAAACGCCACUUUUUUUGCACCCGUAACUUUAUUUUUGUUUUUUUUUGCCUCAUACAUUCCUGAUGCUGGAGGGGGGGGAGGGGGAUGGGCCUUAUUUUACAGCACCACUAGCUUACCUGGAGGGAGCGGACCUCGGAUUAAACCACACCAAAAUGCUUUCUUCACCCACAGAGACUCUGGAAGCCAUGGGGAUGAAAAAACAAAGGAAUGCUGCUGGAUUGAGAGUAUUACAAAUACCACUGAAACGGAAGUCGCAUGACGUCCCUCCAGCCAUUGGUUUGGGAGAUUGGAGAUUGUGGGAUUAAGAGACGUUCCUGCUUUACUGAUGGAUAUUUCUUGUUACAUAAUAAAAAUUUCAUAACUGAUCGACUUUUAA